AUGUCAGCUUACGUAGAAGUCAUCUUCGACAAUACCGAUGGCCGUUUCCCAACCGGUAGAGAAGAACUCGUCCUACGCAGAACCAUCGGCCAGAAGAAGGACGAAUACUCGCUCGAUCGCAAGAACGCUACCAAGGCCGAUGUCAUGAACCUACUCGAAUCUGCCGGCUUCUCGCGCUCAAACCCGUACUACAUCGUUCCCCAAGGACGUGUCACAACCCUUACCAACAUGAAGGACGGCGAGCGUCUGAACCUGCUUAAAGAGGUCGCCGGAACACAGGUCUACGAAUCACGCAGAACAGAGUCGCUCAAAAUCGUCACAGACACAGACAACAAGCGCGCAAAGAUCGACGACCUUUUAGCCUACAUUCGCGAGCGACUGGGUGAACUAGAAGAAGAAAAAGAGGAGCUAAGAGCAUACCAAGAGAAGGAUCGCGAACGACGUUGCCUUGAAUAUGCCAUCUACCGAAACGAGCAAGAGGAAGUCGCAGACUGGUUGGCCAGGAUCGACGAGGAACGCCAGAACGACGUUGUUGGAGCAGACGAGCACAGCCAGGACUUCNNCCUUCAAGGAGAGGAGGACUUGAAGGAGAUGGACAGCCAAAUCAGCCGACUCAAACAGCAAAUCGAUUUCCUGGUUCUCGACAGACAACAACUAGAAGACGAGCGCAAGGAGGCUUCUCGCGAAAAGGCAAAGGUUGAACUGGAUGUCAAGGCUCUUACAGAUGGCCAAUCUGCCGCACAGUCUGCUAGAACCCGCCAUGCCAACGACCUGCAACAAGUCCGUGCACAGAUCGAGCAGCGUGAGGCUGAAUUGGCCCAGAUACUCCCUCAGUACAAUGCACAGAAAGAGCAGGAAGCCACCAUUAAGAACCAGCUUGUUGAGGCAGAGGGUCAACGCCAGAGAUUGUAUGCCAAGCAGGGACGUCAGACUCAAUUCCAGAGCAAGCGCGACAGAGACACCUGGUUGCGCAAAGAAAUCGCAGAAAUCAAUGUUGCUUUGGCUACGAGAAAAGCCAUCGCAAUGCAGGCGUCCGAUGAUGUCGCAGAACUUGAAGAAGAGAUCUCGACCCUCGAAUCGGAGAUUGCGGAAUUGAGAAGCCGCAUCGACAAUCGUGGUGACGAGACACAGACUAUGGCAGCCGAUGUGCAAAAAGCGAAGGACGAGCGAGACCGUCUGAUGGAUCAGCGCAAAGAACUAUGGCGUGAAGAGGCCAAGCUUGAUUCUGUCAUCACGAAUGCUCAGCAAGAGCUCGAAAAGGCCGAGCGUUUCCUUUCCCAUAUGACAGAUCACAACACAAGCCGAGGCAUUGCUGCUGUUCGUCGUAUCGCUCGCCAACACAACAUCCCAGGUGUAUACGGCACCCUUGCAGAGCUCUUUGAGCCUUCAUCAGAGCGAUACAAGACCGCCAUCGAGGUCACUGCUGGAAACAGUUUAUUCCAUUACGUCGUUGACUCUGACGACACAGCCACAAGAGUUCUGGAAAUUCUCCAACGAGAGAAGUCAGGACGUGUGACGUUCAUGCCGCUCAAUCGCCUUCGACCAAGACCUGUCAACAUCCCGAAUGCUGCUGAUGCAGUACAUCUUUUGACCAAAAUUUCAUACGACAAGAAGUACGAAAAGGCCUUUGAACAGGUUUUCGGCAAGACUAUCGUCUGCCCUAACUUAGCAACCGCCUCGCAAUAUGCCCGCAGUCAUGGUGUCUCUGCUAUUACGCCAGAAGGAGAUCGCGCAGACAAGAAGGGUGCUCUUACCGGUGGUUUCCACGACCCAAGAUCAUCACGUCUCGAUGGUGUGCGAAAUGUUCAAAACUGGCGUGCAGAAUACGAGCAACAUCGCAACCGUGGUGAUGAAAUUCGCCGUCAGCUCGAAGCGCUGGACCAGCAAGUCACGAGAGCCGUCAGUAAUCUGCAGAAGAUUGACCAAAAGCGUCUACAAGCAGAGAACAGCUACGGUCCUCUUCGUCAGGAGCUCAGGAACAAGACGAACGCUUUGCAGUCCAAGCAUGAAGAGCUUGAGAAGAAGCAGCGUUCUCGUGAUAACGUUGAGCUUGCAGCAAGACAACUCGGAGAGCAAGGUAGUGCUUAUGAGGCAGAAUUGAACACCGAGUUCAGAAAAGCACUUUCGGCAGAUGAAGAACGUCAACUGGCGACUCUAAGCACAACCGUACAAAAUCUACGAAAGCAGUUCUCAGACUUGAGUUCUGCUCGUUCAGAGCUUGAAGGUCGUAAGGCCAGUCUGGAAGUGGAGCUUCGCGAGAACCUUCGUCUACGACUUGACCAGCUUCAGGCCCAAGAUGCCGAACUUGGUACUGGCGGUGUCGCAGGUGGCAAUGCACGCCUCGGCGAGAAGCAGAGGGAGCUUGAACGUGCAGACGAAGCUCUGGCGAAUGUUAUGAGCAAACUCGAAGAGGCUGAGGCAUCACUCGAGCAAGCACAGUCUCAACUCUCAGAGAAAAACUCGUCGCGUGAAGAGAAGCAACGUCAACAAGAAGAACUCGCUCGCUUUAUCGCGAAGAAGAAGCGGUCAAUGGAGAAGAACACUGCUAAGCGUGCUACACUCAAGGAGAAGGAAGAAGCUGUAGGCAUCAGCAUCCGCAACCUCGGUGUCCUGCCCGAGUCUGCCUUCCAAGAACCCUACACAAGCAUGAACUGGGACAAGGCAGCCAAGAAGCUGAACAAGGUCAAGAACGCCCUAAAGGGAUAUGGCCAUGUCAACAAGAAGGCCUUCGAACAAUACAACUCAUUCACCCGUCAACGAGAGAGUCUGGAAACCCGUCGCAAAGAACUGGAAAACUCGCUCUCGAGUAUUCAAGAGCUUAUCGAUGUAUUGGAUCAACGCAAGGACGAAGCUAUUGAGCGCACUUUCCGCCAAGUCAGCAAAGAGUUUGCUCGCAUCUUUGAAAAGUUGGUUCCUGCUGGUAAGGGUCGCUUGGUGAUUCAACGCCGUACCGACCGUAUCGCUCGCGGCGAGAAUGACGAAGAAAGUGAUGAGGAUGGUGAAGGCAGAAAAGAUGGUGUUGAGAAUUACACUGGUGUAGGCAUCAGUGUAAGUUUCAACAGCAAACACGACGAACAGCAACGUAUCCAGCAACUGUCUGGUGGACAGAAGAGUAAGUUUGCCUCCUCCCUUUCCUUGAAUCUAGCAUAUACUAACACACUUCCUACCAGGNNCCUCUGCGCCCUCGCCCUCGUGUUUGCAAUCCAAGCCUCAGAUCCCGCACCCUUCUAUCUCUUCGACGAGAUUGAUGCAAACCUCGAUGCACAAUACCGUACCGCGGUCGCUCAAAUGUUAUCUGAGAGCUCUGAGAAAGGACAGUUCAUCUGUACGACGUUCAGACCUGAGAUGUUGCUUGUGGCGGAGAAAUGCUAUGGUGUCAGUUAUAUCAACAAGACGAGUAGUAUUGAUGUCGUGUCCCAGGAACAGGCUUUGGAGUUUGUUGAGGGACAGAUUAGUGGAAAGUAA